AUGGAUGAAUCACUGACACAAUCUCCCGAAAAACAGACACCUGCAAGCGCUUCCGUAACUUCUGCAAUCUCAACAGUAGAUGACGAUGAUGUGGGAAUAAUAUCAAACUACCAGCCUGAAAUAAAUAUAAAUGCUGAACCUGAAGGGAUUAUUCUACCAUCAGCAUUAUCGACAACAAUUGGUACGACACCGCUGAAUUUGCAAACGGAUACUCCUUCGGAGCUUUUCGUACAUCCAACAUUUUAUGACAGAUCGGCAACUUCGGCUGCCAAAAUACCACAUUCACUAGCCCGCCCUUUUAUUUCAUCAGCAUUAAAGCAAAUAAAACAUGUUGAUACUGGAAAUGAAGAAAAAGAGUCUGGACAACAGUUCACCGAAAAAUCUGCUCACAAUCAACACGUAGUACCAGACGAGAAUCUUGCGGGAAAUGUGCGAAGAGAUGAAAGUGGUUUCGUUUUCUACAAAUGUCGUUUCUGUGGACUUACUUAUAACUAUUUAACAACAUUGCGGGCUCAUGAAAGAGUACAUAAUAUUGAUGAGCCUUAUAAGUGUAAUCGUUGUUCGGAAUCGUUUCAUUACAUAUGUGAAUUGGAGUACCACGUCAAACAGCACAGUGAUUUGAAAGGUUACAAGUGUGAAUGUGGCAGAACAUUCCAUUUUUACACUGAUUUGCUGUAUCAUAAACAUCCAGGUGAUGAAGAAUCGGUCACUGCAACGGCGCCUACUGCUACAAAACCUGCCCCACUUAUUCCAGAAAAUGAUUUUCCUGUUCCAGAAUUCAUUGAGAAAGGAUUUGAACCAAAGCAUCCUUUGAAAGUUUAUUCUGAUGUGCGCCACAAUCCGUACAUUUGUCAAUAUUGUUCGAAAAGUUAUCCAAACAGUCGCAUGUUAGCGUAUCAUAUGUAUGCACAUAGAGGUGAAAGGAUAUUCAAUCCUCGUGCUUCAAGAUACCUGAUGGCACGAGCCGAGAAUUCUUACAUCAGUCCAGGAUCUUAAAGGUCAAGUGAGGCUUCGGAUAUUUCUAAUGAGAAUUCACUUCAAUUUGUAUAUGAUCUAUGCAAAUCGUGAAGGAUUUUGUUUUUAAUCAUUAUAAAUUAAGAAACUAAAGUUUCACAACAUCAUACGCGUAUACAGGCAAGACACUUAUACCAUAAGGAAUAACGAUUUGUUUGUUAACUUGAGAGAAUUCCUAACAUUGAUUGCCACAAAUGAAUAGUAACGAAUAAACAAGAUAAUACAGUGCAUUGAAGAAUUAACUGGUCCAGCAUAAAUUUCGACAAUAACUUAUACAUCGAAUUAUUACAUUUACUCUGCUUUCAUAGUACUAAAAAAUUCUAAUUUCAAAUUUAAAAUCAAGAAUUCCUGUAUGUGAAAAACGCUCCUCAUUUGAGAAAUAAUCACAUCUGUUUACUACUUACAGUUCAUUUAUAACUUCCCAGAUUAUGAUGUCGUGUCUCUUUAUAUGUUCGUCUUUAUAAGUCUAUUUCAG